AUAUAUAUAAAACCCAAAACAAUUGUUUUUCUCGUCGCCUUUCUGCACAAAGUGAGGGAGGUGAUCGGCGUCUAUAGUCUCUCUUCCCCUGCAACUUAGCUGUCAACGGGUCUUACUCUGUCUUCUCCAUCUUCAAUUUGUAAGCAAUUUUUUUCUCUUAACCAGCGUAAAUCAAUCAAGAACAAGAGAGUCAACAUGUUGGAAUUAAAUUACAUAGAUUUCUCAUCAAUUGAGAGUUACCUUCUAAAAGCCCUCACUUUUUCUCUUCCUCCUUCCUGAACCCAGAAUCCAUAGAGAGAGGAACUCUCAUUCUUCACUCUCAAACAUGUUCUUCCACAUAGUAUUGGAGCGCAACAUGCAACUGCAUUCCCGCCACUUCGACCACAACCUCCGUGGGAACCUCGUGUCCCAGCCCAUGAAAGAUGUCGACGGCACUUGCAGCUCGGCAGUGGCGAAGCUCAAAGCAGUGCUCCAGCUCGGCAGAAGCAAGGCAAUCCAACUCAAACACAAGCUGCCGAGGUUAAGCACAAAGUGCAGGGGUCGAGCACGAAGUGCAGAGCUCAAACAUGAAUUACCGAGGUCAACCAUGAGCUGCAGAGCUCAAACACUUGCUGCCGAGGUCGAGCACAAAGUGCAGAAAUCAAACACAAGCUGCAGAGCACAAACACGAGCUGUCGAGGUUAACCAUGAGCUGCGAAGGUCAAGCACAAAGUGCAGGGGUCGAGCACGAAGUGUAGAGCUCAAACAUGAGUUGCCGAGGUCAACCAUGAGCUGCAGAGCUCAAACACUUGCUGCCGAGGUCGAGCACAAAGUGCAGAAAUCAAACACAAGCUACAGAGCACAAACACGAGCUGUCGAGGUCAACCAUGAGCUGCGAAGGUCAAGCACAAAGUGCAGGGGUCGAGCACGAAGUGCAGAGCUCAAACAUGAGUUGCCGAGGUCAACCAUGAGCUGCGAAGAGCUCAAACACUUGCUGCCGAGGUCGAGCACAAAGUGCAGAAAUCAAACACAAGCUGCAGAGCACAAACAUAAGCUGUCGAGAGCUCAAACACUUGCUGCCGAGAUCAAGCACGAAGUGCAGAACUUGAGCAUGAGCUGCAGAGCUCACACUUGCUGCCGAGGUGCAGAGGUCGAGCAUGAGCUGAAAGAUGUGCAGCACGAGCUGCAAGGUGUCAACACCCUCAACAAGGUGCCGACACUUUUCCUGCAUCCGUCCUGAAGAGUCCGUGUUGGGUUUUUGUCCUUCUCUGCAAAUUCUGGUAACGGUAAAAUUACAGUCCCGACCCCUUACUUUUGGAUUCUGCAAAAUUUAAUCUUCAAAUUUCAUAUCUUUACAAUUUACUCCUAAAGAUUGUGACUUUUUCCAAUUAAGUCCUCCCCGGCACAAAAUGAAAAUUAUGCAAAAUU